UUUUUCAUCAUGUCGUCCAUGAUCACGAAAGCGGUCCUCUCGGUCCUCCUUUUGGUGGCUCCCGUGACUUCUUACGACCUCGUACGCCGUCAGAAUGUCGCAAAUAGCACCUACAAAGAUCCAAACGCGUCGGUCGACGCCCGUGUCGCCGAUCUUCUCUCCCAGAUGACCAUUCAAGAGAAAACAGCGCAAUUGGUGCAAGGCGAUUUCGGGAAUUGGAUUAACACGACCACCAACGCCUUCAACGCGUCCGGUCUGGCGUGGAAUAUGGCAAACCGCGCGGGUCAAUUCUACGUAGGCUUUCCUGUUCCGCAAUCGUGGAUCAGCGAGGGUGUUCGAAAGGCGCAGGAGUAUCUUAUGCAAAAUACCACUCUAGGAAUCCCAGCAUUAGUGCAGACCGAGGGAAUCCAUGGGCUGCUGAUUGGAAACGCGACAAUUUUCAACAGUCCGAUUGCGCACGCCUGUUCAUGGGAUCCAGAGAUGGUCGAAGAAAUGGCGGCCAUCGCCGCGAGAGAAUCGAAGGCCAUCGGAGUCAACCAGCUUUUUGCCCCUGUUGCGGAUCUGGCAAGGGAGUUGCGGUUCGGCAGAGUCGAGGAAACAUACGGCGAGGAUCCCCAUUUGGCUGGGGAGUUUGCGUACUCGUAUGUCGUAGGUUCUCAGGGUGAGGGUGUGAGUGCGACAGUGAAGCAUUUCGCGGCUUUCUCUGCCCCGGAACAAGGACUCAACACUGGGCCAGUCCAUGGGGGAGAGCGCGAGCGCCGCACGACUUGGCUGCCAUCUUUCAAGCGUGCCAUCAUCGAUGCCGGGGCCUGGUCGAUCAUGGGCGCCUACAACUCUUACGAUGGAAUUCCCACGAUUGCUGAUCACCACCUCAUGACCGAGAUCCUCCGUGAGGAAUGGGGAUACGAAUACUGGUUGACAUCAGAUGCUGGGGCGACGGACAGACUCUGCUGCGCGUUCAAGAUGUGUGCUUGCGAACCGAUCGAUUCAGAAGCUGUUACCCUUUACGCUCUCCCUGCAGGAAAUGACGUGGAAAUGGGAGGAGGAAGUUACAACUUUGAGAUCAUCCCGCAGCUCGUCGAGGAAGGCAAACUCGAUAUUGAAGUGGUGGAUACGGCAGUAGCGAGACAACUUCGCGCUAAAUUUGAGAUGGGUUUGUUCGAGAAUCCGUAUCCCCCAGUGUGGUCGAAUGGUACAAACAGCACUAGCGAUGCUAUUCAUACCCCAGAGGCAGUUGAGUUUGCGCGGAAGUUGGACGCGGAGUCCAUUGUGCUUUUGGAAAACCAUGACAACAUCCUUCCUCUCAAGAAGGAUACCAACAUUGCGGUAAUUGGGCCGAUGGCGGACUUCGUUAAUUUUGGCGACUACGUCGUCUAUCGCUCCCAAUAUAAUCCCACCAAUGUGAAUCCCCUGCAGGGUAUCCGCAAUGCAACAUCAGGAAAGGUCACAUACGCCAAAGGUUGCGAGCGUUGGUCCAGCGACGAAUCUGGAUUCCCCGAGGCCGUUGCAGCAGCUCAAGCUGCUGAUGUUGCGGUAGUGGUCGUCGGUACAUGGUCGCGUGACCAACAAGAACUGUGGCAGGGCUUGAAUGCAACCACCGGAGAGCAUGUAGAUGUGCAUGACUUGAAGCUCGUCGGGGCCAUGGGCCCGCUUGUCAAAGCCGUCAUCGACUCUGGUAAACCAACCAUCGUAGUCUUCCAGAGUGGCAAGCCAGUCACGGAGCCAUGGAUAUCAGAUUCUGCAGCGGCGCUCGUGCAACAGUUUUACCCCGGAGAGCAAGGUGGCAACGCACUUGCAGAUGUUCUAUUUGGGGAUGUGAACCCAUCAGGCAAGCUCGCGGUUUCAAUCCCACAUGACGUCGGUGCUUCGCCGGUGUUUUACGAUUAUCUGAAUUCAGGGCGCGGGACCGAUCCAGACAUUGGGGCCAUUUUGCCGAAUGGUACCCUUCAUUUCGGACAUCGCUAUGUCUUGGACUCGCCACAACCACUUUAUGAGUUUGGCUACGGACUGUCCUACUCCAACUUUACCUACUCCAAUGUGACUUUAUCAAAGACCACGGUCUCGCCCUCAGAUACCAUCACUGCUUCUGUUAGCAUCACCAACACGUCGCCAACUGAUGGAAAAGAAGUUGUGCAAGUGUACAUCCAAGACGUUAUCGCCUCGGUUGCAGUUCCCAAUAUCCAGCUCAAGGCUUUCAAGAAAGUACUCGUCAAAGCCGGAGAAACUGUCAAUGUAGAGGUAGAUCUUCGAGUGGACGACUGGGGGCUGUGGGACUUGAAGAUGAAAUACGUGGUGGAGAAAGGUGAGUUUGUGGUUUGGGUUGGUGCAAGCUCGGAAGAUUUGAGAGGCAACGCCACUGUGACUGUGUCGUGA